AUGAGCCGUGCUGCCUCUUGCUUCAAAUUUCUCACCUUGCCGACCAGGUGCUUGCUGCCGGGAAACGGGCCGCUGCUCAAAGCCGUGGAGGCCGCUUGCUGCGCCUGCGCAAGGCAGCGCAGCGGCCGAGAGAAGCCUUGGGGGCACGAGGCCGAGGUGCUGGGCAAGCCCAACCCGGCCUACGCUCGGCUUAUCGCCGAAUGGCACGACCUGGACUUGCGACGCACCGUGAUGGUAGGUGACCGCCUCGACACUGACAUCGAGAUGGGCAGGCGAGCUGGCAUGCUGUCACUGCAUGUGCUCACCGGAGUUGAUGACCUGACGCAGAUUGCCCACAAGGGCAUCGUUCCGGACUUCGUGUUGCCCAGCGUUGGCUACCUUUGGACUCAGCGGUCUCAAAGCAGCCUUUGA